AUGGCUCUUCGUGGGAAGCUAGAGGUUGACAUUGAACUCAAGUCAAAUGCAGACAAGUACUGGCAAACCAUAAGGGAUUCAACAACUAUAUUCCCUAAGGCCUUCCCACAUGACUACAAAAGCAUCGAUGUCCUGGAAGGAGAUGGUAAAGCUCCUGGUUCUGUCCGCCAUUUCCAUUACGCCGAAGGCUCACUACUCGCCAAGUCUUCGAAAGAGAGGAUUGAGGCUGCUGAUGAUGAAAAGAAGACAGCAACCUAUUCUAUUGUUGAAGGGGAUCUUCUACAGUACUACACCAAAUUCUUGGGACACAUAGCUGUUAUACCAAUUGGAGAAGGAUGUGAGCUCAAAUGGACAGCUGAAUAUGUCAAAACUAACACUGAUAUUCCAGAUCCAACUAUUGUCAGAGAUUUUGCAGUCAAGAAUUUCCUUGAGGUGGAUGACUAUAUUCAACAACUUGCAUAG